AUGGCUGAGGAACCGCCGAGCACUGAUAUCAUCACCCUCACGCGGCAUAUCCUAGGCGAACAGCUACGUCUUGGUGCAGCAGCGACGGGUGACUUGACGUUGCUCCUUACUGCUAUUCAGACCACCUCCAAGUUCAUCGCUACGAAUGUCCGUAAGGCUCGGCUUAUCAACUUGAUUGGCCUAGCAGGCGAGACCAACGUCUCCGGCGACGAACAAAAGAAACUAGACGUCCUCGCAAACGACAUCAUGGUCAACGCUCUCCGUGCCUCUCGCAAAACAGCUGUACUCGUCUCGGAAGAGUUGGACGAGGCGAUUUUAAUUGAGGAGAGGCUGAGGGGACGGUAUUGUGUGGUGUUUGACCCCUUGGAUGGGUCGAGUAAUAUUGAUGCUGGUGUGAAUAUUGGGACGAUUUUUGGGAUUUAUAAAGUCGUGAGUAACUCGGAGAAGGGAGAUAUCUCAGACGUCCUUAGGCCUGGACGGGAAAUGGUUGCGGCAGGGUAUACCAUGUACGGUUCGUCGUGCAACCUCGUUCUCUCGACUGGUGGUGGCGUGAAUGGAUACACGCUCGACACCGCUCUCGGAGAGUUCAUUCUCACCCAUCCAGACAUUAAAAUCCCCGCACGCGGGAAGAUCUACUCCUUCAACGAAGGCAACUCAACCUACUUCCACCCACCCGUCGUAAACUACCUCAACUCCAUCAAAUACCCCACAAACGGCAAGUCACCCUACUCUUCUCGUUACAUCGGUUCGAUGGUCGCAGACGUCCACCGUACGCUUCUCUACGGCGGGAUCUUCGGCUACCCAGAUGAUAAGAAAAGUAAGAGCGGGAAGUUGAGGUUGUUGUAUGAAGCGUUCCCGAUGGCGUUUUUGACGGAGCAGGCUGGAGGGGUUGCGACUACGGGACGGGGAAGGAUUUUGGAUAUUGAGCCGAAGGGGAUCCAUGAGCGGUGUGCGGUGUUUUUGGGGAGUAAGGAUGAUGUGAAUGAUUUGUUGAAGUUUUAUCAGGAUGGUAAGUAG